GCACCUUCGCCAUCCCCUUCUCGGCCUCCGCACUCGCCGGCAGCUGUAUCCAGAGCCUCAGAUCGGAGUUGCGGCAACGGCGGCGGCGGCCACGAUGGCCAUCCGACACUACUGGCCGAUGGCCGCGGCGGCCGUCGGGUUCAGGCUCGUCCUCGUGCUCUUCGUGGCGGAAGGGUACUGGCUGAAGCAGGCGUCCAUGUCGCCAUAUUCCGGUCUGCUGGACAUCAUGUUCAUGUUUAUUGCAGGCAAAUAAGUUGUUUGAUUUUUGUGGCUGUAGAUUUUAUAGCUGCCAUGCUCAUCCGAGCAACUGGCCAUAGACUCAACAUAACACGCAAUAGAAGCUUGAAUUCACUUGAGCUCACUGAGGCAGUGAGUAAUUCAGUUAACAUAAGUGCAGGAGAUAUUGCUUCCCUCAUAUACUUGUGGAACCCCUGGGCGAUAGUUACUUGUGUGGGUUCAUGUACAUCACCAAUCGAGAAUUUAAUGGUUGUGAUAAUGAUCUACGGAGCCUGUUCACGUCUUGCUCCCCUUGCUGCCUUUGGAUAUGUUAUGUCUACACAUCUUACUCUUUAUCCUGCAAUUCUCAUUGUACCGAUCAUUCUUUUAUUGGGAUAUGGUCCAGAUACUCCUCCAGCAAAAGUAUUUCGUCUAAAAAUAUCAAGUGCCAGUAAAACUGAGGUACCAGACAAUGAUAGAUUCUCCACCUCGAGAGAUGUUCAACAGUUCAUGUGGAAACCAGUAUUCUACUUUGUAUUGUGGAUGUUUUUCUGGUCAUGUUAUGUGUUGCUAUUGAGCAGCAUGAUUCUCAAUAAAGUGGAUGGUCUUCAGGAGAUGUUUGAAAAGACUUAUGGUUUUAUCCUCACAGUUAAGGACCUAUCACCAAAUAUUGGUGUAUUAUGGUACUUUUUUGCUGAAGUCUUUGACUCUUUUAGGAGCUUCUUCCUUAUAGUCAUCAAUAUGAACAUUGUUUUUAUGGUAUUGCCGUUGGCAAUUCGUCUAAAGCAUCGUCCAUGCUUCCUUGCCUUCGUUUACACAGCAAUUGUUGCAAUGUUGAAAUCGUAUCCAUCUGUUGGAGAUUCAGCUCUCUAUCUUGGUCUUCUGGGCCUAUUUGCUACUGAAUUAGCAGAGAUGAAGUUAACUUUUUUCUUGUUUUUUGGAUAUAUCGGAGUCUCUCUCCUUAGCCCAGUCAUGCACAACCUGUGGAUCUGGAGGGGGACUGGUAAUGCGAAUUUUUACUUUGCCACCGGAUUGGCUUAUACCUGCAUUCAGACCGUGUUGGUUGUCGAGAGUGUAAGUUCAAUGAUAAAGCAUGACAGGAAGCUAAGACUGCUUGUUACGGCUUGAUCUCAUUCUUUAUAAGUUCAACAACUCUGAUGCUUUAGUUUCUUGAUUGUCCUCUUGGAUGCCAGAGUUUGGAGUAGAUGUUGUUUAUAGUUUUUGUUGUAUCUUGUAUUAUACCUCCCAUAUAUUUGUAAAAUAUGGACCACGAAUCAUGUAACAAAGACUAGGAAGACGCGAGGUUUAAUUUCCCCUGAACUGUGUACUUGAUCUAGCAUGGUGAGUUUGGUCAUUGGCAGAAGUUGUAUGAUCAAUUUUGUCAGGUCGAGAUGAAUUAACAUGGCA